GUUGGCAUAGCUAAGAUGGAUGCCAAAGUGAUUGCUCACAAAGACUAUCCAGUCAAAACCAUCAUCUUCCAUGAGGAAUUUGAUAAUGAAACAAUGAGCAAUAAUAUAGCCCUCCUGAAGACAGACAUGGUGAUGCAGUUCAACAGCCUGGUCCGGCCCAUCUGCUUCCUCGGCAGAAAGCUGCAUAAAACACCAACCUUGCAGAACUGCUGGGUGGCAGGAUAGAACCCCAUGUCUGCAACAGGACAUCACAUGACAAUGAGUAUCCUGAGGAAAAUCUCAUUGAAAGACAUCAACAUGUGCCCCUUACAUGAAUUACAGAAAACAGGAUGUGGCAGUCAGAGAGAGCAGGAAACCAAUGUUGACUGCUUGGGAGACCCAGGAAACCCAAUGAUGUGCCAGCUACAAUUCAAUUUGUGGGUGCUGAGAAUCCUGAACCAAGGUGGUGAGAAGUGCCCCGGCCUAUUUCUGUACAUCAAGGUGGAAGACUACAGUGACUGGAUCACAUCCAAGACUAAGAGGGCCAGCGCUCCUCUGUCGUCCUUCCAUCACUGGGAGAAUUUGGUUCCUUUCUCUGGCUACAAAGCACAAUAUGCUGCUGUGACAAAGAGAAAACAUUCUGGGCUGGGCCAGCUCGGAUGGUCCCAAACAUACUUCCAAGGACCAAAAAGGGCCACCAUGCAUUCAUGGCCAGUAAGCAGCUCUAGAGAGAGACCAGACCUUAGGGGGAAAGGUUUGAAGGAAUCAGGCACAUCUCGGGUGGAUGUACAACCCAUGUACUAUGACUAUUAUGGUGGGGAGACGGGAGAGGGGUCUAUGUUGGGCCAGAAGAGGGUACAUCAGCCCCAAGAAAUGAUCUUGUUUUCCUCUGUGCUUGUUUUCUUUUGCAGUGAUAUCUAG